AUGGCGUCCACCCGAGUCAUUUGGGAAGAGGACUUCAACAGUUUGGACACUAGCAAGUGGAAUGUCGAGACCGGGUUUGGAUGGAACUCGGAGUUGCAGUGUUAUACGACCAGCAGCAAUAACGUGAGAGUUGAGAACGGCAACUUGGUGAUUGAGGCGAGAAGAGAGAAUGUGGAUGGAUGUUCGUUCACUUCCGGAAGAAUAAAUACUCGUGGAAAGUUCGAGUUCAAGUAAGUCAGGGCGCAGCUAGCGGCACUUGGAAUCUACAAAAUUUUAAAAACUGGAUUUUUCUCGACCUACUACACCACAGAGAACGCUAUUUGCCGACCAAAAUCUUUCAGUUGCUGAUAUGCGGUUAAUCCAGGGCGCAGCUCGCCAACCAAAAAAUCCGCCUAGCGACGUUUAACGUAAAUCUAACACAGCUGAAAAAGUCAAAUGUCCCACUACGACAUUCGCAAAACCGAUUUGAACGAUAAAAUUUGGUCUAUUCGCUGAUCCUAGGGCGCAGUUUGCCAAAACUCAAACUUGCUAGAAGUGGGCCGGAGGCUCCCACAAAUUGCUUACGAUGGCUUGUAAAGGAAGAAAACUAAAAACAAAAAUUACAACGCCAUCUCUUCAGGUACGGCACCAUCGAAGCCAGAAUCAAGCUCCCCAACCUGGCCAACGGCCUGUGGCCCGCGUUCUGGAUGCUCGGCGCCGAAUCCGACUGGCCCGACCAAGGAGAGAUGGACAUCAUGGAAGCAGGAGCCGCUGACGCUAUUGCCGCCGGCAAUGUGAACAAAAAGAUCCUCGGCACCAUCCACUGGAGCAACAACGGCCCACAUUCCCACGGGACCAAUUAUGUCGCUCCCAUCGACCUGACCACCGACUUCCACAUCUACAAACUCACCUGGACCCAAUCGGAGAUCAAGAUGUUCAUCGACGACAUCCAAUACAUGGUCUUCGACAUUACUCCAUUGCCCGUUUUCCAUAAGAAUUUCUACGUCCUCUUGAAUUUGGCUGUCGGUGGAUGCUUCCCCAAUAUUUAUGAUCCCGGAGCUGUCACUGCCCCAUUGCCAGCCCAAAUGCUGGUCGACUACAUAAAGGUCACUCAGUAA